AUGAGUGAUUGGCAAGAUCGUGAACAACCUGAUACUUUAGUUUUAUUUGAUGUGGACGGUACAUUGACACCAGCUAGAAGGCAAGUCACUCCAGAAAUCUCAGAUUUGUUGAAAAAAUUAAGAAAGAAAGUAGUCAUUGGAUUUGUUGGCGGAUCAGAUCUUGUUAAACAAAUAGAACAACUCGGAUCAAACGUUCUCAAUGAUUUUGACUUUGGAUUCUCUGAGAAUGGACUUACUGCUUAUAGAUUAGGAAAACAACUUGCUUCUCAAAAUUUUAUUGAAUGGAUAGGAGAAAAGAAAUACUCUGCGUUGGUGAAUUUUAUUUUAAGAUACAUAGCAGAUAUUGAUUUGCCAAAGAAACGUGGUACAUUUGUUGAAUUUCGUAAUGGAAUGAUCAAUGUGUCACCAAUUGGACGUAAUUGCAGUGUUGAGGAAAGGAAUGCUUUUGAAGAAUAUGACAAGAUUCAUAAUAUUCGACCUAAAUUUGUUCAAGCAUUAAAAAAUCAGUUUCCAGAUUAUUCUCUUACAUAUUCAAUUGGUGGACAAAUUUCUUUUGAUAUAUUUCCUACUGGAUGGGAUAAAACUUAUUGUUUAAAACAUGUUGAAACCGAAAAUUUUAAAACCAUACAUUUCUUUGGAAAUGACUAUGAAAUUUUUGUGCAUCCCAAAGUUACAGGACAUUCAGUUAAAAAUCCAGAUGAUACAAAAAUAUUUAUAAUACCAUAA